AAUGUUUGCAAGAGGUGUUAAAAAGAAAACUAAACAAACUUUUCCGACACCUUGGAAAGGUCUUUCAUAUAUUAAUCUGUCCGAUAUUAAGCACAAGAGAUCUUCAGGCUAUUAUGAAUCUCCUUGUCUAUUCAUAAAUAUGAAUGGAAAAAGAAGGACAUGAGAGACUGCUCCCACGAUGGCAGAGAUUUGUGUGAAAGAUUUUGUUGAACACUACAUGACUCUUAAAUGCUAAAAGCAGAAGGCACUAGCUGGUAGCUCAGUGUGGAGCAAAAAUUUUAUUUUAAACUUCAAAGAUAAUUAUGUCAAAGAAAAGUCGUGCCAAGGGAGAGAAGUCCGACAUGGAGAUUGAAGCCCUGCAAGCUGCUAAUGAGGAGCUACGAACUAAACUAACCAACAUCCAGAUAGAAUUUCAACAAGAAAAAAGCAAGGUGGGUAAAUUGAGAGAGAAAAUCCAAGAGGUUAAGCAAGAAAGGGAGCAGGAGCAGCACAAGCACACUGCCUAUGUUUCUGAACUGAAAGCCAAGCUCCACGAGGAGAAAAUGAAGGAACUUCAGAGUGUCAGAGAGCUACUGAUCCGGCAGCAUGAGCAGGAGGUAGCGAGAAUGGUGAAAAUCAAAGAUGGUGAAAUUCAGCGUUUGCAGUCAACAGUCAAUGUCCUGCGGGACGGGGCGGCUGACAAAGUGAAGACGGCGCUGCUGAGUGAAGCAAAGGAGGAGGCUCGCAAGGCGUUUGACGGUGAACGGAUGAAGCUGCAACAGGAGAUCUUGGAGCUGAAAUCUGGCAAAAAGCAGCUUGAAGAAGCUUUGAACAACAUUAUGCAGGCAGAUAAAAUGAAGGCUGCUGACCUGCGCACGGCUUAUCAGUCCCAUCAGGAUGAGAUUAAUAGAAUAAAGCGGGAAUGUGAGAGAGAGAUCCGCAGGCUGAUGGAUGAGAUAAAAGGCAAAGACAGGGUGAUUCUGGCUCUGGAGAAAGACCUUGGUGUCCAGACAGGCCAUACACAGAAACUGCUCCUUCAGAAAGAGGCUUUGGAUGAACAGCUUGUCCAAGUGAAGGAGGCAGAACGAUACCACAGUAGUCCUAAGAGAGAGCUUCCUGCGGGAGUGGGGGAUAUCACCGAACUGAUGGGAAGCCCGGAGCAGCAUUUGGAUGAACGAGACAUGCGGAGAUUUCAGUUAAAAAUCGCCGAACUGAAUGCUGUAAUAAGGAAGCUGGAAGACAGAAAUACUCUCUUAGCAGAUGAAAGAAAUGAACUGCUGAAACGUUCUCGGGAGACAGAACUUCAGCUGAAGCCUUUGGUAGAAAAAAAUAAAAGGAUGAGCAAAAAGAAUGAUGAUAUGUUGCAAUGUAUCCAGAGAAUGGAAGAGAAAAUAAAAAAUCUAUCAAGGGAAAAUGUAGAAUUGAAAGAGAAGUUAUCUGCACAACCAGCACUGAAGAGGCACACAUCUUUGAAUGAUCUCAGCAACACACGGGAGGAACAAGAAAUUGAAUUCCUUAGACUGCAAGUCAAAGAACAGCAGCAUGUUAUUGAUGAUCUCACAGUGGAAAGGGAACGGUUAUUACGGUCUAAAAAACAGAAGAGGAAAAGUCUGAAGCCUCCAAAGAGGCAUGUUGUGGAGACAUUUUUUGGAUUUGAUGAAGAAUCUGUUGAUUCAGAAACAUCAUCUGUAACUUCAUAUAACACAGAUAAAACAGACAGGACACCAGCAACGCCAGAAGAAGAUUUGGAAGAUAGCACACCUAAAGAAGAAGCUGAACUAAGGUUCUGCCAGCUAACAAGAGAGUAUCAAGCUUUGCAAAGAGCUUAUGCAUUGCUUCAAGAACAAGUUGGUGGAACCCUGGAUGCAGAGAGAGAAGCAAGGACUCGUGAACAACUGCAGGCUGAUCUUCUCAGGUGUCAGGCAAAAAUUGAGGACCUGGAGAAAGCUCUAAUUGAGAAAGGACAGGAUUCAAAAUGGGUAGAAGAAAAGCAGCUGUUAAUCAGAACAAAUCAGGCGUUGCUAGAGAAGAUUUACAGAAUGGAACAAGAAGAACACCAGCUGAAGAACGAGAUGCAAGAUGCAAAAGACCAGAAUGAGCUGUUAGAAUUCAGAGUGCUAGAGCUUGAAGAGAGAGAACGAAGGUCGCCGGCAUUUAAUCUUCAUAUAACCACCUUCCCUGAAAACAAUGGAAGUGCACUUCAACUGUUCUGUCAACAGGAAGGAAUAAAGGACGUGAAUAUAUCUGAACUUAUGAAGAAGCUAGAUAUUCUUGGAGAUAAUGGGAAUUUGAGAAAUGAAGAACAGGUUGCAAUAAUUCAAGCUGGGACUGUGCUUUCCCUCUGUGAAAAGUGGUUAAAACAGAUAGAGGGGACAGAAGCUGCACUGACACAGAAGAUGUUAGACCUGGAGAAUGAAAAGGACCUGUUCAGUAAACAGAAGGGUUAUUUAGAGGAAGAACUCGACUACAGGAAGCAAGCUCUGGACCAGGCAUACAUGAAAAUCCAGGAGCUGGAAGCCACGCUGUAUAAUGCCCUGCAGCAGGAUCCAGGAAGGCGGGCAAGCGAGUCGCUGACCGAAGCCCAGAGGGAGGAUUUGCGAGCUGCAGUGGAGAAGGUGCGGCGGCAGAUCCUGAGGCAGAGCCGUGAGUUUGACAGCCAGAUCUUGCACGAGCGAAUGGAGCUGCUGCAGCAGGCACAGCAGCGAAUUCGAGAACUAGAAGAUAAAAUAGAACUUCAAAAGAGGCAACUCAAAGAAAUUGAGGAAAAGCAUUCAUUCUGUGGCCUUGAUGACACAACUGAGCCAAGACGUGUGGCUAUUAAAAGAACCUAUGGAGUGAACAGCUGAGUCCACGUGCAAAAAUAUAGAAAAUAUUU